AUGAUUGCCGAUGCCAUUAAACGACUUGAAACGCUAUUGGCGGAGUCGGAACCGCCGCAAAUCGAGUGUAUCGUCGACGAAGUGAUAAUCGAGGAGAAAGUGAUUGAGGAAAUAUUGGCACUAGCAGCCGUCCCCAGUGAAGAUAAUAGUGAUAUGCAAGUUGUAUCGGCUUCGGUAAUCAGCUAUAUGACCCCUUUAGUCGCCGACCAGCUCUGUGAGCGCGAGUUAAUCCCGACACUUAUUGCUAUGGUGCAAAACGGCGACGACCACCUCCAGCUGAUGGCGGUGUGGAACUUGGCUCUGGUAGCCAGCUGGAGUGACGAUUUACGGCUACAGAUUAUCGAACUGGGCCAGGUGGAAGUGGUUAUUGACCUGACGCUGAAACCAGAGUUGGCGGGCGACGUGGCGCUUUUCCUCCAGAAUUUGUGUCUGACCGCUUUAAAUUUCGAUAAAAAUUUGGCUAAGCUUAUGCUCGCGACCGCGGCAGCGAUCGUGGUGGAAUCAGAUGAUCCUCAAGUGGUGGAAGCUGGGUGCUGGACGUUGGAGCUGUUUCUGAAGCGAGGCGACGAUGACGUCAUCGCCAUUGUCGCCAUUGAAGGUCUAGUGGACCGAUUAAUCCAUAUUUUGAGACACGGCCCGCUAGAGACUCAGUUCCCCAGUUUACGGACACUCGCUAACCUUAUGCUGGGCCCUGCUCGCCAGUGUCAAGUGGUGGUGGACGCCGGGGUUAUCCCCGAACUUGGUAUACUAUUACACCACCCAAAUCCAGUAAUGCGCAAAGAUUCCUGCUGGGCAGUAUCUAACGUGUGUGGCGGUACCAAACCGCAAAUCCAGAAAGUAAUUGAUAAUGGUAUUUUCCUAAGUCUUGCCGGUUUACUUAUAUUUGGCGAAUACGCGACCAAACAAGCGGCCCUCUGGGCAGUAGCUAACGUGGUUAUGGGCACCGAAGCUCUGGACCACCUGCUUUUGACGAUUCUAAGCCGUCAGUUGAUUCGGGGCGUUGUCCGGCUAUUACGCGUCGAUGAAGACGAUGGCUCGUUGGCGAUUGAGGCCCUCGAAGUGGUAGCGCAAAUCGUCACUCGUGUACCUCUGAUUAAACCCUUAGUAUCUGAGGAAGGGUUGGCCUACUUGGAAGAGUGUCAAGGCGAAGGUGAAGUGAAACAUCUACGCCGUAAAGCCGCCAAAGUGAUCGCUACUCUUACCAGUUAG